AUGUCGGGUGUUGCACCAAACAUUCAUCAUGUGGGUGAUGUGGACUCCACGAUGGAGGUUGCACGUGCGAUGUUGGCGGCCGCGAAAGGCGCUCCAUUUGCCGUUCUGGCGGAGUCGCAAUCGAAGGGGCGCGGAACUGGUGGACGCGUGUGGACCUCACCGAAGGGCAAUCUUUACUUUACCCUUUGCAUCCCCGAAGCGAGUAUCAGGGCGGAGAUUGUUCCUGUUCUACCGCUCGUUACUGGGCUUGCCUGCCGUGCAGCCAUCAUGAGUAUUGUCAGCGGGGCCAACUUUUAUGUGAAGUGGCCGAAUGAUAUCGUGUACAACGGCAAAAAGCUUGGUGGAAGUAUUGUGGAGAGUGAAGGGGGGUACUUGCUGGUUGGUAUUGGUAUGAACGUGGAGGUGGCGCCUCCGGUGACAGACAACGGUCGAGAUUCCACUACUGUGAAUUAUGCUGCAGCGGCUGUUGGGCAGCCAAAUAUCACAGCAUUGCAGCUUGCUGGGGCCGUUUGGAAGCAGUACUUUGAGAUUAUUUCAGACACGACGGUAUCACGCAAGGCUGUUGUGGAGAAUUUCGAGGCGGCAAUGGAUAAAAACCUUAUUCUGCAUCGUCGCACUCCGACAGGACGCGAUCCGGAACCACUUCGUGCUGUACGGCUGAACGAAUGGGGGCAUCUCACUGUCUUGAAGCCAGACAGCACGGAGGAAACACUUAUGGCGGAGUAUCUUUUUUAG